AAAUACGACUUUUGGCAAACAGCCCCUGAAUCAUACAAGCGCAGCUCGAGGAGAUCUAUGUUUGAUAUCUGCGAAGAAAUAGUUCUGGGUUCAAGGGGAUGGUGAGGGGGAGCAGGGCGCACGCGGGCGCUAUCAGCAAGGCCCUACUGGACAUCUUAGUUUGCCCUGUCUCCAAGCAGCCCUUGAGGUUUUGCCAGGAAACUCAAUCUCUUAUCAGUGAUGCAAUCGGCGUUUCCUUCCCGGUAGUUGAUGAAAUUCCUUGUUUGGUCCCAAGAGAUGGUAAGAUUAUUGAGGACAAGGAAAAGAUGACAUCGGCUAAUGGUCCUGGUUCAGCACAUCAUCACCGCUGACCAUAAUUUAUGAUGAAUAAUUGAUGCCACAUUAUAGAGAAAAAAAAUUAUGGUGGAAAUUCUAUAGGGUUCCUCUUGCAUGGGGAUACAUAUAACUUCUGAUUUUUGUAGCUUCAUGGUUACUUGUAAAAUUUAAUUCUUUGAUUCCCAUGUUCCCUUAUAUUGUAGUUACUUAAUUAAAUUAGAAUGCAAUCAUGUUGUUGCUUUAAAUAUUUAUAUUUUUGAGAUCUAAAGUAACAGGUGAUUUUUAAUGUGUUA